AUGUGUGGAGUCAUUCAUGAGGAUACUAUGCACUCAUUGGUUUGGUGUGAUUUUUCACAUUCCAUAUGGGCUCAAUCUAACCUUCCACUCCCCAAUAUUACAACAAAUAUUUUCCAUGACUGGUUUAGUGCAAUCUUGAAUGUUCUAGACACUAAUAGAAUUAUGCACGCAGUUGCUAUUCUAUAUCAUAUCUGGAGGGCGCGAAACGGAGCGGUUUGGGAUGCGUGCCUACCAUUGCCCAGGAAAAUACUUGUCAUGGCAACUGCCACCUUGCACGCAUGGAGGAAAGUUCACGAUGUAAUGCCCAAUGCGCCGCUAGCCACUGCCUCCUCGGGCGAAGGACCGCCGUCUGCCUCCACGGCCGGACUGCCGCCUAUCGCCGCCUCGAAUAACGCAGCCGCGAUGCAACAUCAGAAAUGCUAUGUCAACGCCGGCUACCGCCAUGCCACAAACUCGGCCACGGUUGGAGUAAUAUUGCUCGAUGUGAAUGGUGGAUAUAUCUCGGCAUACAGCGCCCCACUUCCAAACUGUUUCUCACCACUUAUGGCCGAAGCAUUUGUGGCAAAGGAGGCACUGUCUUGGCUACAUGCUCGUGGAGAACACUCUGUUCGUUUAUACACAGAUUGUCAUGCACUGCAGUGCUAUCUAUCUUCGUCAGAUGACCCGCCCCGAUUUAUACUGGUUAUGCUAUUGAUAGUUGCAAAGCUUAUAUCUCGACAUUUCAUGCCUGCUCAGUUCUUUUUAUUCCUAGAUCGCAGAAUUAUUUAG